UUUAUUAUUCAUCAUUUUUCAUGAAUAAAUUUGUCCAUUAAAAUAAUGUAUUGAAAUAUAGUUGAAGCGCUAUGCAUGUUAAAGAUGACAUCAUCCCUCCAAAAACAGAGAAAAAAACAAGAGCGCAAAAGGCGAUAUAAGCGCAUAGCAAAGACUUGUGUAGACUCAAACCGACAAAUAUGGUGUCGUCUUCACUCUCCAUUUCUGCUCUCAGCUACGCCCCCCCUCUCUCCAGAUUCCUUUUCAUCCUCGCCAUCAUUUCAUUCUUAUUAUGCUUCCCACAUUUAGCUCACUCGUCUAGGCCUAGCUGCACAAAUCCUCCAAUCAUCUUCAACUUCGGUGAUUCCAACUCCGACACCGGCGGUCUCGUCGCCGGACUCGGUAUCCCCAUCCGCUUGCCCAAUGGCCGUGCUUUUUUUCGCCGAUCCACGGGUCGCCUCUCCGACGGACGCCUCCUCAUCGAUUUUCUCUGCCAAAGUCUAAAUGCAAGUUUUUUAAGCCCAUAUCUGGAUUCUCUAGGUUCCAGCUUUUCAAAUGGGGCAAACUUUGCUAUUGCAGGGUCCACCACACUACCCAAAAAUGUCCCAUUUGCAUUGAACAUUCAGGUCAUGCAGUUCAAGCGUUUUAAGGAUCGCUCAGUUGACCUUGCUAGCACAGGGGUCAAUGGUUUGAUAAGUUACGAUAAGUUUGGUGAUGCUUUAUACAUGAUUGAUAUUGGACAAAACGACAUUGCUCAUUCAUUUACUGAUGGCCUAUCCUAUGCACAAGUGGUAAAAAAGAUUCCUUCAGUAUUGGUGGAAAUCGAGAAUGCUGUUAAGGAAAUAUAUGAUGAAGGAGGCAGAAAAUUUUGGGUUCACAAUACUGGUCCUUUGGGCUGUUUACCCCAAAAACUUGCUUUAGCCCAAAAUGUCUCAGAAAAUCUAGAUUCCUUUGGAUGUAUUUCGAGUUAUAAUGCAGCUGCAAAGUUGUUCAAUGAAGGGCUGCGUCAUAUGUGCACAGGGUUAAGAUCAGAGAUGAAGGAUGCAAGCAUCGUGUAUGUUGAUGUAUUUGCCAUCAAGUUUGAUCUGAUAGCCAACUCGACCAAGUAUGGUUUCUCAAAUCCAGUGAUGGCGUGUUGUGGCGCAGGAGGGCCGCCAUACAACUACGAGAAAAGUGUGAGUUGUGGGUUUCCGGGGUAUCAAGUAUGUGAUGAAGGAAGUCGAUUUGUGAGCUGGGACGGUGUCCACUAUACUGAAGCAGCCAAUUCCAUUAUAGCCUCUAAGAUACUCUCCACAGAUUAUUCAACACCGCCUCUUGCCUUGGACUUCUUUUGUAAGUGAUUGUACAUACUACAUACUCUUAUUUGUAUGUGGCGUUUACUUUGGAGGAUUAGCCUUGAUACAUAAAAAUAGUUAUGCGAAUCCAUUGUUUACUUUGAUAGAUUGCAAGACCCUUGAUUAUUUCUAUCAUUCAAGUUAGUUUUGCUUGA